AUGCCUACCCGAUUCUCGCGCACCCGCAAGCACCGCGGACACGUCUCCGCCGGUCACGGACGUGUUGGCAAGCACCGCAAGCAUCCCGGUGGUCGUGGUCUGGCCGGUGGUCAGCACCACCACCGCACCAACUUGGACAAGUACCAUCCCGGUUACUUCGGUAAGGUUGGUAUGCGUCACUUCCACAAGCAGCAAGCCCACUUCUGGAAGCCCGUCAUCAACCUUGACAAGCUCUGGACCCUCGUCCCCGCUGAGAAGCGCGAGGAGUACCUCGCCGGCAAGGGCGACAAGGUCCCCGUCAUCGACCUCCUCCCCUUCGGCUACUCCAAGGUCCUCGGCAAGGGCCGCCUCCCCGAGGUCCCCAUCGUCGUCAAGGCUCGGUGGGUCUCCAAGCUGGCCGAGAAGAAGAUCACCGAGGCCGGUGGUGUCGUUGAGCUCGUCGCAUAA